AUGCUUGUACAAUUCUUCAUCGGUGAAGGCGCAGAGAAGCGCCAGCACGACAUCGAAACUUCGGCGUUCGAGACGCUCGACCAGCUCAAGUCGUCUCUCGCGAGCAAUUUCGCGUUUGCCGAUCGUGAAUCCCUGCGACUCCACAGCAACGGAAGAGGAAAGAUAUCGACUCUCGAGGAUGUGAAAUCGUGCAAGGACCCCGUCGAGGUGCGGGCAACGGAAUAUGAUUCCAUUCGCAUCCCGCCGGGCCCCCGCGGCCUUCCGGUAGUGGGAAACCACUACGAGAUAUACCCAGACGCAUUGGGGAACUAUGAUCGCCUCUUUGCACGAUACGGCCCGAUGAUCAAGACGGUGAAUAUGGGCACCACGAUAUACCACACGAACGACCCGGAAAUUGCGCGCUACCUACUGCGGGAGGGCGACCUGUUCACGAAGCGCACCUCGGAUCCGUCGCAUCCGCUGCACUACAUGUCGGUGCAAGAUGCUCUGUUCACAUGCGACUCGGACUCGCCGGCCUUUGCGAUGUCUCACAAGUUCGUGCCGCCCGCGCUGUCGCCGCGCGCCAUGGCGCAUUACACUCCGCACAUGCAAGAAACUGCGCGCUCUUGCUUCCCGGUCCUGGACCAGCUGGACGAGAAAGACCUAGCUUUCAACGUCUAUCACUUCACCUUCAAGCUCGCGUCCCAGAUCAUCUGGCGCAUGAUCGUCGGCGGCGACCUCGGGCACUUCAAGGCGGUGAAUACGCCGCCGGCCUUACCCAUCCGGCUGUUCGGCCAGUACCUGCGCCUCAUGAAGCGGAACAGCCUGCGGCCGAAGUGGUACGGGAAGCUCCCGUUCGGGGAGGGCGCGCAACUGCGGUCGGUCGAGAAGCAGCUCUUUGCCGAGGUGCAGAAAGCGAUCGACGCAUGCACGGAUGCCGAGGCGGACCCGCUCCCGCUGACCGACCCCAAGGCGUCGCUGCAAGCGUCGUGCGUGGCCGACUUCCUCUGCCGCGCGCGCGACUCCAAGGGCGAGAGGCUGCCGCCGGACAUCCUGCUGGCCAACACGGUGGUGACGAUCGGGGCGGGGUUCACGACGAGCUCGUCGAUGCUGGCGUGGCUGCUGUACGCGCUGACGGCGUACCCGGGCAACCAGGAGCGGCUGCUGCAGGAAAUCGUCGACCACGGGGCGGACGGCAAGCGGGCGUGGACGUACGACGAGGUGCACGCGCUGCCGUUCCUAGACUGCUUCGUCAAGGAGACGCAGCGCGUGCACAGCCCGAGCUUCCAGACGGCGCGCAACGCCAGGCAGGACGUCGUGCUGCCCGGCGGCUACCUGAUCCCGAAGGGCUCGGUGGUGAUCGCGUGCUUCCCGAGCAUGCACAUGAACCCGGCGCACUGGGAUAAUCCGCACCGGUUCGACCCGGACCGGUGGAUGGGCGGGGAGCUGGCGCGGAAGCAGGCGCGCAAAGGCGUGUACACGCCUUUCGCGGCCGGACGUCGGGGCUGCGUUGGGCUGAACCUGGCGCUUCUCGAGGUGAAGAUGGUGCUGAUCGAACUUGUGUACCAGUACCACUUCGAGGACUCGUCGCCGGAGGCGGUCGUCUACGACCCAGAGUUUUUGGUAACGCGGCCCGUCAAUUUCUACGCGAGCGCUAGAAGGCGGACGAGCUGGCCUGCGCCGCGCGCAAGUAUCGACUGGAUUAAAACACAGAUAGAAAUCUGCAAAGAGAAGGAUCUCUGUUGGAGUCCGUUUUUCGAGCAACGCCUCCCGAGCCGGGUGCUAGUGGUCGGGGAGUCAGAGACCCAUGUGAGGCUCCCCCUGAGCGAAACUGAGCAGCCUGGAGUGUACCUGUGCUUGAGCCACUGCUGGGGCCAGUUGCCGUCGGAGGGAAAGACCACUCGCGAUAACCUUCAGCAACACAAAGACAGUAUCUUGAUUGCAAAAUUGCCCAAAAAUUUACAGGACGCCAUCGAUAUAACUCGAUGGCUCGGCGUGCGGUACCUUUGGAUCGAUGCCCUAUGCAUAAUCCAGGAGGAUGAGGAGCACUGGGCCAGGGAGGCACCGCAGAUGGUAACCGUAUUUGAGAACGCGUACCUUACUAUUGGGGCGACGGCCUCCUCUGACAGCAACGGCGGCUGCUACCGUACCGUUUCUCGGACAUGCCACAGCUGA